ACGGAAUGCCUUGUUAGUCCGACAUUGUUGGUUUACGGGCAACGGUGAAUUUAUUAUUUGUCUGCUUCAAUUUUUCAAGUUAAAUUGGGUUGAGUUUUAAGGUGUUUGAAGCGAUGAGUUCAAAUGAGGCGGUUAAAAUGUCGUCUGCGUAUAAAUCAUAUAAGGACGGAUUCCCUGUUUUGUCAGGGUUAUCGAUGCAUGUUGAGAGGGGUACUCUUUACGGACUUCUCGGAUCUAGUGGAUGCGGGUAUUACUUAAUUCGUUUCUACUAGAGCGUGCGCAAAGGGACCUAUUAUUUUAUUUUAAUAUAAGACUUAUGUAUACAGUCUAUGUUCUUUUUUAUGUAUAUUUAAAUUUUUUGAGUUUCGCCACAGUCACGAUUUAGACCUCAAACCUGUCCUGGACGAAAAUUUUCUGUGCGCGUCAAAAAAUCAUACAAGGUCGUAUCAUAGCUAUUUUUUCGUGAUGCAUUGCAGCAUCUCAUAAAAAAAUAUUAGAAAGACAUAAACAUUAUCCAUGAAGUUUUAUUUUUUGGCUCUCAUUUUGAAGUGGUAAGAAAUCUGGCCGUUGACCUUUCGGUGACUUGCAAAAUCGGCGAAGGGGAAUUAUGUAGCAAUGAGUUAAUGCAGCGGCCUGCAGAGAUUUAGCCGGCUAGGUGCAAGGCAUCCUACCGAGAUUUUAAUAACGGAAAUAUACGAGUGCUGUAUUUAGAAAGUGUAAACACUAGGCGUACCCAUGAGUACCAAGACACGAUAAUAAUUGCAUCUGCCAAAUUUCUGUUCGCUCCCACUAUGGUUUGAACAAAUCAUGUAUAGUUUCUCUAGUAAGUAAAGUUAUUAAGUUAUUAAGUAAACUUGGAGCUACAUACAAGAGAUCCUUGCCCGACGAAGUACUCCGUGUAGAUGCUCGUGAGCGCAUUAUCUCGCUUAGGAAGGAGAGGUUGAGCUCUCUACCCUAAAUCCAAGUAUCAAAUUUUCACUCAUAAUAAUAAACUGCAUAAAUAUAUAAAACACAUCAUUAAAUCAAAUAAUCGUUAAAUGUACCGUUACUAUUGUUCCGUCCGCAUCAGCUUUCGAACGCAUGGAGCAAUCUAUCUUUUUUCCAAAUUAUUUAAACAAGCACGAAAAUGUUUUUCUUUUCAGGAAGACAACGCUACUUAAUUGCAUUUUGGGAUUAACCAGAUUGGAUUCUGGCUAUAUUUCAGUAAUGGGUAGGACUCCUGGAACCAAGUCUGUAAAUAUUGGUCACAUGCCUCAGGUCUUCGAUACAAGUGUGGGCAGCCAUAUAAAAAACGUUAUAUAGGAACUUGUCGAAUAAAUUCCAUGGCCUAUUUCUGCUCUUAUUUCUGCUCGUCGAGGGGAGGUGCCACGUAAUACUAGAAGCAGAUUGUCGCAGUAAAAUUGGCGUUUCUUUGCUCUAUGAUUUUUUAAGUUAUAGGGUGCCAAUACUUUUUGCGUGUUAAUUUUGCAUAUUUUCCCACAAAUUAGUUAAAAUCGGCGUUUAUCUAAUUUUAAUCAAUAAAACAUGACAUAAUCGAAAACUACAUUAGAUUUGCUAAAUGCGUACAAAUUUUUAUGCUAAUUUGAUAAUGCAUGCCAAUGUUAUAGCCAAUUAUAUUUAGCUUGCGUGGGUGUUGCCUAUACUUGUUACAUUGACUGUAUGUAUGUCUUAUGUUAGGAUGCCGCCUUGUAUCCCUUGAAGAUACGUGAGAUUUUUCAGUAUUUUGGAAAACUAUUGGGACUAACGGAUCUAGAAAUAUUAACUCGAAGUAAAGAACCUAAACUCGUAUUAGAUUUAAAUGAUUUAGGUCCAUGUGUUUCCUCGCUCAGCGGGGGGCAACGUCGCCGUGUAUCACUAGGAGUUGCUUUGAUUAAUCACCCAAAAUUACUGGUUUUGGAAUUUUGAAAUUUAAGUGAACCAACCGUUGGGAUCGAUCCUUUGUUAAGGGAAUCGAUAUGGGAUUAUUUGUGUAGUUUGACAGCUACAAAGGGGACCACAAUUAUUGUAACGACACAUUACACCGAAGAAGCGCGACGAUUUAAUAAGAUUGGAAUAAUGCGGAAAGGUCGGUUAAUUGGAGAUGAUUCCCCAAACAAUCUAAUCCAUAUGCACGGGGGAAAUCGCUUGGACGACGUACUAUUAAACCUUUGCAAAAUUAACGAUGAAUCAAAUAUGAAUAGCUUCGAACCAAUUGCAUCUUACAAAAAAUUGGACGAUAAGCUUAACACGGAUUCUUUGAAAACUGUUGAAUUAAUCUCCUACAAGAAAUUGGAAUAUUCAAAAUGUUUCUCUAAAAAUGAUAACGAAUUCGUUUCAAGGAAAGACAACCCCAAAGAAAGAUUAGUUCGGCAACUGGCUCAGUUUUCGGGAAGUCUAACCAAAAUUAAGGCGCUGACAAAACGCAAUUUGUUAAUGAGUUAUAGAAUUCCUUCAUAUAUCUUAAUGGCACUAUUGCUACCCUUAAUACACUCAAUUAUUAUAUUGUACACGUGGGGAAGGGAUCCUGUUGGACAAAUUUUAGCCGUGUCAAACCAAGACGGAAUUUGUCAUCCUGGGGUUGGGUUAUCCAUAAGAGCACGAUUUGAGUAUCCCUGGAGUUGCGGUUUCUUAGAAGAUGUCAUGAACGACGCGGAGCAAAAGAUUAUUCUGAAAGUCUACGAAUCCAAGGAAGCGGCAAGACAUUCGGUCGAAAUAGGAGAUACGCUUGGAUUCAUACAUUUUCCGCGAAAUUUUUCCCAGCAUAAUUUCAAUAGAUUGGUUCUCCAUCGGUUCGCUACAAGUGAGACUUUGGCUGGAAGCACAGUGCAAAUUUCACUGGAUAUGACGAAUAAAAUAACAACUUUCUUAUUAGAAACGCUACAAGGAAAAUAUUCAAAAUUUAUGGAAAAGAUGGUAUCACGAAUUAAUGCACAUAUGGAUUUACGACAAAUUCGUACUCCACUCAGGUUCAAUAAUGAUAACUCGACCAGUGAUCGGGGCGAAUGGAAGGAUUACUUUCUACCUGGGAAUAUUCCGCUAAUGAUAUUUUUCUACUCGGUGGGUUGCUCAUUAGCCUUGAUUCAGGAUAAGGAGGAUGGGACCCUUAAAAGAUCACAGGCAUGUGGAGUAGAAUUAUGGCAUGUCUAUGUGUCCUAUUACUUAUCCGAAGUUCUUAUUAUGUUGGGACAAAUUGGAAUUGUCUUUAUGAGUCGUUUCCUCUUUGGGGAAUAUACGAAUAAGGGGUCCUUUUGGUUGUGUUUCGUAAUUGCGUUCUUAUCUGGUUGGGUUGCAAUUUCGACUGGGCUACUAGUCGCCACGGUUUUGUCUCGCAGUAUGGAAGUCAUAAUGGUUAUGGGACUCGUCAUGUUAACGACGGUUUAUUCCUGCGGAUUUUCUUGGCCUUUGGACUCUGUGACGAAGCCGUAUCGCUGGAUUUGUAUGUAUUUGAAUCCCAUCAGUCCCCCAAUGAUGGCGACAAGACGUGUUUGGAAUAGUGCGUGGGGUAUCGAGCAUCCUAUCAUUUUUGGGGCAUUACUUGGAUCAAUUACUUGGAUAAUAUUUCUAACAAGUGUUGGUUUAAUUGUGGAGAGGAGGCAGCGAAAUAAGUAAAGCUGGGAUCUAAUUUUGUUAAUCAGUUUAUUUGCACAAAUAAAUCUUCAUGCUGCUAACACUUUAAA